AUCUCGAAUUGCUUUCCACUCCACCCACUUGCUACCUCACGCCCAUCUCAUCAUGACCCUUCUCGCUCGUUCGUCACCACGAGCGGCUCUCGCGGCAUCAUCGUCAUCACUCACACGCUCAGCGCUGUCAGCGGCGACAAGAAGAAGUUUGUCAUCCAAGGCAGCACCCACUCUCGCACCCGCAGCCACGACCUCGUCGUCGUCGUCGUCGUCAUCACGCUCAGCCACCGCUUCUUCACCAUUAAACGCCCCGACACGCUCUCUUGCCACCCAUGCCACCUCUUCUCCGUCUUCUUCAAAGGGUCCCACGGGCGUCCUCCUGAUGAACAUGGGCGGCCCAGCCACGCUACCAGAAGUAGGCGACUUCCUCUCGCGCCUCUUCCACGACCGCGAUCUCAUCCAACUUCCCUGGCAAAAGCGUCUCGCACCUCUCAUUGCCGCUCGUCGCACGCCCAAGAUUGUAGAGCAAUACCGCAAGAUCGGAGGCGGGUCUCCCAUCCUGCGAUGGUCCCGGCUGCAGGGAGAGGAGAUGUGCAAGCUCCUCGACGAGAUCCACCCAGAGACAGCUCCUCACAAGCCGUAUGUCGCCUUUCGAUAUGCUCGCCCGCUGACUGAGGAAGCGCUCGACGAGAUGGCAAGGGAUGGUGUGCAGCGAGCCGUCGCCUUUACUCAAUACCCCCAGUACUCGUGCAGCACGACGGGAAGCAACCUCAACGAGCUCUACCGCGAGAUCAUGCGAAGACAGGAGCGUGGUGCACCAGAGGGCAACAUCGAGUGGAGUGUCAUUGAUCGUUGGCCGACGCAUGAGGGCUUGGUUGAGGCGUUCACUCAGCGAGUCAAGGAUGUCCUCAACACGUAUGACCCAUCUAUCCGACCUACUGUCCCCAUCAUGUUCUCGGCUCACUCUCUCCCUAUGCAGAUCGUCUCUGGCCGAGGCGACCCGUAUCCGGCUGAAGUCGCGGCUACGGUGAACGCGGUCAUGGGCAGACUGGGUUGGUCAAACCCGUACAGGGUCACAUGGCAGAGUCAGGUUGGACCCUCGGCGUGGCUGGGUCCGCAGACGAGCGAUACGGUCAAGGGUUGGGCGAAGCAAGGGUACAAGGACGCCGUCGUCGUGCCCAUCGCCUUCACGCAAGACCACAUUGAGACAUUGUAUGAGUUGGAUCUGGAGCUGGCAGAGGAGGCAGAGGAGCACGGCAUGAAGCUUAAGAGGGCCGAGUCUCUCAACGACCACCCACUCUUCAUCAAAGCUCUGGCUGACAUUGCCGCCGCCCACCUGGACUCGGUAUACGGUGGUGGUGUUCACGACAAGACGGGCGAAGUCGCACAGACAGCCACGACGGGCCAAGUCUUUGCCUGGAACCAAGGUCGUACCUCUCGCCAGAUGCAAAUCCGCUGCCCGGGCUGCUCCAACGCUGUAUGUGGCUCGCAGAAGGCUUUCUUCGGUCAGGGUCAGGUCGGAGUCGGCGAGGACCUGAUGAGGGGUAUCGGUGGGCAGGAGUGAGGAGCGAUGCGAAUGUGCAAGUCUCUCUAAUUCAAUUCAUCCGGUCACGAGCGG